AAAGGUUUCCCUUUUUCCCUUUCCCUGGGAUUCAGUUUGCCAUUUUCCCAUCUCCUCUGGCAGAGCUGCUCACCUGUUCUGCCCCAAGGCACAAAUCCUGGCACAGGGGGAGGACCCAGAGCCCAAACCAUGCCCAGCCCAGGAAAGCUGGAAAGGAAGGGAUCUGUACCUAAACUGCAGCUGGUUACGUAAGGAAACAACUGAGGAAACUUCAGGGGAGGGAAGAACAGGAAAAUUGUUGAAAAAUUAAUUUAGCCUUGGAAGAAAAUGGGACAGAGCUGCUCCAGGAAUGUUGUUGGUACAGAGAAGCUGCAUCUCCUCCUUUCCCUGUGCCUGAGUAAGGAGGGGAUUGGGCACUGAUAAAUCAGCCCAGGCUGCAAAGUCUAAAUAACUCAGGGGCUGCUGAGUUAUUCAGAGCUGUGCCUUUGCUGGGAGCAGCCUCCAGCUGUCAGGGGCAGGUAAGGCAGGAAAUCAGCCCCAAAUUCAGCUGCCUUCAGCUGCUGGGCUGGUACCGAAGCCUCUCUCCAAAGGAGAUCCCUCUGCUUUCCUGAGGGUCAAAAAUUCAUGCAUCUCAUCUGAAAGGACUUUUGCACAUGGUUGUAGGUCACCAUAAACUCCAUCUGUGUACUCAGCUCAACUGGAGGAGAAAAUUCAGCAGUGCUCUGAAAAUUCAGCGAUGCUCUGAAAAUUCAGCAGUGCUCUGGAAAUUCAGCAGUGCUCUGAAAAUUCAGCGAUGCUCUGGCUGCUGUCCCGUGCAGCAGGCAAGGCAGGCUGACAGGAACCCUCUGCUGCAGAAUCCUCUGCUCCAGGCAGAGAUGCAGCUGAAUUCCAGCCCCAAAGCCCAGAGCUGCAGCAGGAGGAGCACACACAGAGAUCAGGGUGCAGGUGGAGACGAGGAAGUCGGCUCUCAGACUUUGUGCAGGUGUGGCACCGCCACUCGAGGAGGGGUUGGAGGUUCCCAGGGGUAACAGGAACUCUUCCUGGACAGGGCAAGCUCCUGGGCUUGGUGUGCACUGAGCAGCAUUUCAAAGAACCAAAAUAGCACCUGCGUGCUGCCACUGAGGCCAGCAGGAAGGAAGUUGGGGUUAAAGAUUAGGAAGAUGCUGGAAUUCACUCACCUGAGCCAGAAUUCUGUCAGCAUUAAGAGGGACAAGAUGGUGCCUUGGAUAAAUGAGGAUGUUCAGCAGGACAGACCCAUGAAGGUGCAGAUAAGAACAGCUCCACAUCAACAACUUGCAGACAGGAUUUCCACUCCAAUCCCAAGGAGGCGCCCUCCAAGCCCCCCGGAGCUGAAGAUGGACGUGAAGAGGGUGAAGGACUACCUGUACUGGCUGUACUACCAGUACCAGCUGGUGACGUGCAGCUACGUGCUGGAGCCCUGGGAGCAGUCCAUGUUCCACACCAUCACGGUCACCGUGCUGGCCAUGGUGGUCUACACCGCCUACGUCUUCGUGCCCAUCCACGUGCGCCUGGCCCUGCAGUUCUUCUCGCAGAUCUUUGGCUCCCAGCCUGAGGGGGCCGUGCUGAACUGAGCCGGGCCCAGCAGGGCCCAGCAGCUCCCUGGAUUCGGCUCCCAGCCUGAGGGGGCCGUGCUGAACUGAGCCGGGCCCAGCAGGGCCCAGCAGCUCCGUGGAUUCGGCUCCCAGCCUGAGGGGGCCGUGCUGAACUGAGCCGGGCCCAGCAGGGCCCAGCAGCUCCCUGGAUUCGGCUCCCAGCCUGAGGGGGCCGUGCUGAACUGAGCCAGGCCCAGCAGCUCCGUGGAUUCGGCUCCCAGCCUGAGGGGGCCGUGCUGAACUGAGCCGGGCCCAGCAGGGCCCAGCAGCUCCCUGGAUUCGGCUCCCAGCCUGAGGGGGCCAUGCUGAACUGAGCCGGGCCCAGCGGGGCCCAGCAGCUCUGUGGAAUGGCUCACAAAUGGCUCCUGCUGAGGAAAACCCUGCUUGAUUCACCUCCGGGGAUGGAGAGCGGAGCGAGGCACCGAGCGCGGCCCCUCUUCCAUGGACACCCUGGGAAUGGCACAGGAUCCACACAGCUCCCACCUCCAGCACCAAACCCCAUCUCCUGCUCCAUCCUUCUCAGCCAUUCUCUGUCCCAGUGCUGCUGCAGGAUCUGCUGCUUCGAGGGACAGCAAAGCUCUGCUGCCCCAAACUCACUGUGAACACCAGGCUGGAGGGCUGUGAUGUGCCCAAGCCUCUUUGCUCUGGCAUUUCAGGCAGCACAAGUGUAGAAGAAAAAGGGGCACUGGGAGGUUUUCCAGCAGGGAAUCUGCUGAAUUCCCUAUGGACUGAUCUGCUUGGAAUGUCCUCAAACCCCAAAAUAACAGAAUCCCUCUGGAAAGCCUUGAACACUUUCUUAUCAUGCUGUUUUCUCUAAAUAGCUUGCAUUUAAAGAUUGUUUCAGAUGCCAAAAAGCACAUUUAACAAUGAACAGUGAAUGCAAACCCUAUUUCCUGUUUAAUUCUUGCUCAGACACUCUCUUUCCCAAGUGGAGCUGGGAACAAUGAAUGCAUAAAGGCAUUACCCAAGAGGAAAAUCUGUCCUAGAUUUGUAAUUUCCAUUAAAUAUUCUUUUAAUCUGUAACGUUUUUCAUUGCUUUGGAAAUGAGCUGCAUCCAACUGCUCUGGCAGAGGCUGUUUUGGUGGCUCCUCACACCCAAAGUUCUACCAACACAGUGCAGGGGCCAGGUUAGAGGAGAUAAAAAAUGAGGAUAUCCAGCAGGAUUGGAGUGCUCAUGUCUGGCUGGUUGGUGACUUCCAGGCUUCAAUGGAUGGGAGAGAAGCUUGGAAGAGAAAGCAACAGGAGGAUGAACUCAAAUCCAGCUUUUUUCACGUCUAAGUUCCUGCCUCUGAGUUCAGAUGGUCUAAAAUAUUUUCUUUUUGGAAAAAAGUUCUCCACAUCAUCUUGCAGCUCAGUGAGGAUGACAGGAGGAAGCAGCCCUGCUCUGUCUCAGUGCCCUCCUGCCUUCUCUGAUGAAAAUCAAAAUAUUUUCUGGCUGCUCCCACUCUCCAAGGUAGCAAAGUGCAAAUCAGCACCGGGGGAAGAGGAUCCAGAGUGGAAAUAAUAUUUUAAUGCCUGCAGGGAAGGCUUAGAGAGAUCUCCUAUACAAAGAAGAAAUUAGAUUUAUUACCAUUGCCUGUGGGGAGGUUUAGGAACAAUGGGAGGCUUGUUUGGUUUUCACUGUACACAAAUCAAACGUGGGUGCCAAAUCAUAAAUUACAGCUGCACUCUGCACGUCUCUACCAGCUGAUGCUCCUGUUAGUAGAAGUGAGAAGUGCAAAAUGUAAAUAGCUUUCAAAUGAUGUUUGCACAGUUCUAGAUUAAAGGGAAAACCCUCUUAACUCCUUCCUCAAGCUGCAGUGGGCUCCUGCAUGCUUCAGAGCACAAAUUUGUUUGGAAACGAAGACAUGUGGUGAAGGUUGCCCAGAUCUGAACAUGUGAAUGCAGUUUUUUCAGCCCAAAAAAAUAAAAUUUUAUUCUUCACAAGCAA